GGGCGCUGAACGUAGCGCGCAAAGCCAGCGGUGCGGGAGACUGCAGAGACCGCCGCCCAAGGUCGGUCGCCGAGAGCCAGCCGAGCGGUCGAAGCAGUUUACUGUGACAGCAGCCGCGCCGAGAUAAGCGGGCCGCCAACGACACACGUUCCCCUCUCCGGCAACUCGAGACACGCACCGCGUCGCACGCUGGCUCCCAGCCCCAGGACGGCCGCCGCCACGCAAGGGGCGCGCGACGGUGCGAGCUCGCCGCAGCAGCGACCGGCAUCGCGUGCGGCGGAGAAGGCGACCAUGCAGUUCGUGUCCGUGGACGUGGGCACGCAGAGCGUCCGCGCGGCCCUAGUCACGGAGAAGGGCCGCUUCCUGAAGACGGCGGCGCGGCCGCUGGAGACGUGGAACCCGCAGCCGGAGUUUUACCAGCAGUCGUCCGACCAGAUAUGGAAGGCCUGCUGCGAGGCCGUCAAGGAGGUAUGCCGGGACGCCAAGGAUGUGCGCGGCAUCGGCUUCGACGCCACCUGCUCGCUUGUGCUCCUGGACGACGCCGGUCGGCCGCUCACCGCCAGCCCGAAAGGUGAGCCCGAGCAAAACGUAGUGCUAUGGAUGGACCACCGUGCCGUGUUGGAGGCCGAGGCUAUCAGCGCAACGGGACAUUCCGUACUUCGGUUCAUCGGGGGAACAAUGUCGCCUGAGAUGCAGCCACCAAAACUGCUGUGGCUCAAAAAGAACCUGCCUUCAACGUGGGAGCGCCUAGGUCUCGCCAUGGACCUGCCUGACUUCCUGACGUGGCGCGCCACAGGCUGUGCUUCACGCUCCCUUUGUUCGGCCGUGUGCAAGUGGACCUAUCAGGCGGGCUCAGCUCCGGGUUCGGACAUGGAGCCCGGCUGGCAAGAAUCCUUCUGGAUUCGUAUCGGUCUCGAGGACCUCACGCGUGACAAAUAUCGCAUCAUAGGGCAGGAGUUCUGGCCUCCCGGUGCCCCAUGCGGCCGUGGGCUCAGCAUGGAAGCGGGGCUGCAACUGGGACUAAAGAAAGGCACACCCGUCGCCACCUCCAUCAUCGAUGCGCAUGCCGGAGGCCUUGGAUUGCUCGGCUGCGAGGCUGAAGGUGAAUUCUGCAAGUCAUUCUCUCGUCGCCUGGCCGUAAUCGCCGGAACAUCCACCUGUCACAUGCUGGCGAACGAGAACUGCAUCUUUACUCCAGGCGUGUGGGGCCCCUACUUCUCGGCUAUGGUUCCGGGCAUGUGGCUGAGCGAAGCGGGGCAAAGCGCUGCCGGUGCAUUGGUGGACCACGUGAUUUCGACGCACCCGGCAUACGCGCAGAUACAGGCGAAAACGAAGCCAGGCCGGAGGCCAGAGGACACACUCAACGCUUUGCUGCGGACUAUGUGCGAGCAACGUGGCCUCGAUUCCCCGUCGCAGUUGGUGGCUGACUUGCACGUGUGGCCCGACUUUCACGGGAACCGGUCACCGGUCGCCGAUCCCAACAUAAGGGGAAUGAUAAGUGGACUGACGCUGUCGGCUGGCGAAGAGGAUCUCGCGAAGCUGUACCUGGCUACUCUGCAGGCACUUGCGUACGGGACACGCCACAUCAUGGACGCACUGGCCGACACGGGUCACUCGGUGUCCAGCCUGCUCAUGUGCGGGGGCCUGGCCAAGAAUCCGCUCUACGUUGAGCUGCACGCAGACGCCACGGGGUUGCCGGUGUUACUACCCUCAGAGACAGAGUCGGUGCUGCUCGGUAGCGCCAUCCUGGCGGCCAGCGCAAGUGGUCGCUACUCCAGCGUCACGGAGGCUAUGCUCCGCAUGGGCGGCUCGGGCAAAGUGUUGGCGCCGCGUUCGAGCGAGCGGCGGUUCCACGAUGCCAAGUACGCCGCUUUCCGCGCGCUCCUCGACUGCCAGCUACGUCUCAGGGAGAUCAUGUCGCCCGGUGGGAGACCAUCGUCCUCGUGUUCUUGACCUUAAUUCUCGCUCCUAUUUUUACGGCUUCGAUGCAGCCCCCCUACCCCCCUCACUCGGCAUCCAAAAGAAGAAUACGAAUACGGGGCGCCGAUGGAGGCCUCCUUAUCGCUCAGUCGCGAAGUCAACCAAGAAGUCCUCUUUUUCUUACUCUCUUGGACGACAGAUACCUUCGUGAUGAGCUUAUUCCAUCGUUAUUCUACAUUCCCAGUUGUAAGUUGUGGACAAAAGAAAGUUGAGUGCAAGCAGUGUGAAAGAGAAUGCCUUAUCAUGACGCAGGCGCGCUCCCAGCUGCUUCUCUUCUAAUAUGGUUUGCUGUCUAAGGAGCUAUACCUCAAUCUGAAAAGCGGUCUCAUUUAAGCGUUCCACUCCUGAACGUGUUCAUGCUUGAUCUGUCACGGACGUUUGUGCCGAAGCAACCCGUGAGUGGGUCGAUGCUUAACUCAUUGUGAUCAGCUUGUACUGUCAUAUUAAUCUGCACAGAUUGUGAUACCACUAUGAGAAGCUGAAGUUGUUACAAAAAAACAGCCACUACAGAAAAAGCAGCCACUACAGAUUAUAGUACACAUGCCUAGCCUUCCUUAUGUCUCAAGCACAGAAGGAUUUUGAUGGUCGUUAAUUUUCAAUCGUCGUUUCUAUCCAGUUUUUAUAUUCCCCUGUCUCGUCACGUUGCGCAGCUAUCUGCAACAUGAUGCUACAAUACGUUCACGUUUGCGAAACCGAAUGAAAAUAGUUUCCGGGGUGUCAUACUAAUUGGAUUGCCAUCAGUGCUUGCUUGCAGCUGAUUCUUGACUUGGCAAGCUCUUCGCUGCUCAGCUGGACACUCAUGAGGGGCAACCAUGAAUGGCAUAGUGACGCUUUCUCAUAACUUUCAGGGAAAAACGGCUCUAUUACUUCUUGAGUGCUGGCGUUGCUUGACACUCAUUGGUAUAACGUGGUGCUCCUUGAGAGACAUUUUUGACGUUCAUGAAACAUGCGCCUAAAUAAUACUUUUUCUGAAAUUUCUUGGUAGUACAAAUGUUUUUGCUUGUAAGAGCGUACGGAGUGGCGGGGACAACGUUAGUGACAAAUCAGCUUAGAUAUGUAUCGGCGUCAAUAAAUUGCUCCUGAAAGGCAAGAUUUGCAAUGGGGAAACAGCCAUUUCAUGCAAGUAGUGUUUGUUGUCUCUUGCAAAAGGAGGAUUGGAAGAUGAGGUGAGCUUUUCAGCGCGGUCAGAAGAUCCGUGCACUAACCUACGUGAACUACGUAGAUCAAGAAAUGAUACAGCUUGAUAAUGUCCUGGUGCCAAAAUUAUCCUUAAAAUGUCCGCGAUGUACGUGAGUAAAUUUCCUCACUAUUUGACUUCACGCCAACCCGCCGUGGUUGCUCAGUGGCUAUGGUGUUAGGCUGCUGAGCAUGAGGUCGCGGGAUCGAAUCCCGGCCACGGCGGCCGCAUUUCAAUGGGGGCGAAAUGCGAAAACACCCGUGUACUUAGAUUUAGGUGCCCGUUAAAGAACCCCAGGUGGUCGAAAUUUCCGGAGUCCUCCACUACGGCGUGCCUCAUAAUCAGAAAGUGGUUUUCGCACGUAAAACCCUAUAAUUUAAUUUUUUUUACUUCACGCCAUAGUGGGCCAACCAAUUCCCACAAAACUAGCGCUGGGAAAUUUUAGCGACCGUGAUGUACAGCAUCAAUCUCUGCGGCUAAGUCGUUUCGAUGACGCCUGCACGAACGGAAGUUACUUUUUAUUGCAAAUAAUGAUAGCCAUUUACAUGCACCUGUUCAAGGAGAGUGCCCCUGAAGUGAACAUACACAGAUGGUGCCAAAGUAGAGCGUAGCUUCCCAAUUAUUCGGCUAGCUGGUGUCAUUAAUUCAAUGAGAUGAUCAUAUUCAGGUAUGACAUAAGAAACCGAAGUGUUCAAUGACGAUGUCCGACAUGCCUAACGGCAGCGUUUCGCUUAUGGAUGCAAUAAACUUCAUUUCUGGGAAGAACCCUUCUAAAUAAAUAGCUAUGUCAGUCGAAGAUUUUCAUGCACUACACGUAUUAAAAAUGUUCUGUGCAUGCCUGUUCUCCGCAAGCUAUAUUUUGUAUGUGCACAAACAUUUAGCGUGCCUUCGAUUAAAAGGGUUCAUUACUUUGCAAACUCUGUGCACUUGGUCUUUACUCGAACACUAGAGUUAAAGAAACGAAAGAAAACACAAACAAUACACCAAGAAAACUUUUGCGCACGAUUGCGAUGUCAUGGUACGUUAGUUUGGCGAAAAUAUUACUAAUAUUUACUAUUUCUGUAGAGGUAUACGUUUCCACAAGGCAAUAAACAAGUGCACUUCUGCAGUUCUGCGGCUGCCGCCACAAUAUGCCUGGACUUCGUAUGAAAAGGCACUUUUAUGAACUUUGGUUUCUCUAAACGUUUACCGUCGCGGAGCCGCAGCUGUUCAGAAGCACUGAAGUAUGGGUGAAUGACAUUGUCUAAACAAUUUCAUAGUGAUAUUCAUCUGCUGUCUACGAUAACCAAUGGACCAAAAAUCUGGUAAAAAUAAACUGAACUAUAUUGU